AUGCUGCCUGUUACAAACGGUCAGUUUUCCUUCAAUGUUGACACAUUCUAUGUCGCCGCAUCUGGCGGACGUAUCCACCGGCGCGCGGCACCCCCUAAGAUCAAAGCUCUCUAUGAUACAAGCGUCGACAGCACACCCGACCACCCAGGCCAUUGGUACGAAGCACAGCUCAUUCACUAUGGCUUGCCCCCAUCAAAGGUCAAAGCAACUGCCAAGAUGAGAUUGUUGAAAGCUUUGCAAGAUGGCGGUCUCAGCACAAUCACAAUUUCUAAGACUGUGGAGUCCAAAACUACUGCGACUAAAGCUGCUGAGACCAAAGCUGCUGAGACCAAAGCUGCUGAGACCAAAGCUGCUAAGACGAAAGCAGCGGCGGGAAAGGCUCCCGCUGCUCCCAAACCAGCUGCACCGAAGAGUACUGCGACAAAGGCUGCUCCCAAAGCCACUGCCACAAAGGCUGCUAGUGCGAAGUUUCCUGCUGCGCCCAAAGCUACCGCCACUAAAGCUGCAAAGGCCAAAUCUCCCGCAGCUCCCAAAGUUGCAGCCAAAUCCGCAGUAGCCAAGACUGCCGCCCCAAGAAGACAACUGCACCGAAGACCUCUACCCCCAAGGCUACGGCGGCCAAGACUGCCACUACCCAGAAUGCGGCAGCCAAGAGGAAGAUAG